AUGUCCAAUAUGCAACGAGAAAGCGGGAGAAAAUCGGCAUUACAAUAUUGCACAGAUUUGCAGAUUUUGAUAGAUAUAACAUUGGAUUAUGUUUUAACUCCACUUAGAAAUAAACUAAAAAAAUCGCGUGUCUAUUCUGAUAUUUUGGAUUUGGAAAUCCAAGAUGGAGAGAAUAAAACUUUUGAAUACAUAGCCCAGCAAAUAUCUGAGAUUUGCAAUGCGGAAGAGGAUGUUGCUGACUCGAUAUUAAUGAAAUAUCCUAGCUCCAUCACUUGCUUCCGUUGUUUAGGCAUUGAUAAGGACACAAUAAAUGGUCUUCUCUAUCUUCGGGAUAUUACAUUUUUAAAGCUCCUAGAUAUGCCGGAAAAUGAAGUGAAGGCUAUUCUCAAAGCCUAUAGUGUGUCACAAGAUGACACCGACAGAAUAUUAAUGGGCCUUUCAAAAAUACGAAGCAAUAUAGACUUACUUGAGAGUGAUCAACCAUUCGAAGAUGACACUAGGAAUUUGAUUAAAGAGGUUAUUAGAUUAACCGAGAAGAGUGAACCAUCUCCAGAUUGUGAUCGGCAGAAUGGGUCAAUUCUUCUCCAUUGUGACCCUCUCUCUAGUCCAUCACUUUAUGUCACCGGACCGCAAGACUUUGAAGAUAGUUCCGAUUUUUCUCCAACCCAUAAUGUAGGUGAUAACUAUGCAAAUCAAAGCUCCAUGCGUUCUGGUCGUUUAAGUUCCGACCAGACGAUUGAAUUAGAGUAUUAUAAUGAAGUCACUUCCCCUAUUCCUGUUUCUAUUCGUCCUGGAUUCGAGACCCAUCCUUCCUCUUGUUUUUCUGUCAAUCCGUCCAGCCUUCAAUUCUCCUUUAAUCACCCAACAUUCCCAACAGAUCUCACAACUCAAACUCUGAAUCGGAACUCCCGUCGAGCUAAAACACCGGUGCCUUUUCAAAGAUUUUAUAGAGCACUUUCCCCUGGUCCCCAAAGAACAAAUUCAUCCAACGUCAUCAAAGGGAACCUCUUUGAUGGGGAUUUAUCAGUCCCCUCAACUCCAGUACCAAAGUUUUUCGGGACGCCUAUUCAUCAAAAGUCUCCCUCACGGGGUGCUCUAAUGUCAACUUCCUAUACCAGUACUAAUGAUAGUCCACCACCACCACCUCAUUCUCCUUGUUCCUUCUUUCAACGCAACUCGACUUCUCGAGAACGGGGCAUCAAAAUGCCUACAACUCCUCCUUCCAAACAUAGGAUCAAAUUUGCGUUCCCAUUGCAUCGAAGUAAUUCCCAUGAGUCCAAUUUGGCAAGUAGGGUCUGCCAACCUAUUCAAUCAGGAGUGGGAAAUGGUCUACCAAUUAGCGGCAGAGAUACACAGGCAGCUUUAAAAGGAAAUACUAAAGUUGCUAAUCUUCAACCAACGCCGGAAUCUCAUUCCCCUAAUGCUAAUGACUCAAAUAAUAUCUUCUCUUUUCCUACUCCCACCCAUUCGGUUAGUGUGGCGGCUCCUGCAUCUCCAAAGUCUACUGGGCGGUCGGAGUUUCAGCCAAAUCUUAUUCAGACUGGUCGUCUGACCGUUCCUAUCAAUUCCAAUGGAUCAGCCAGUAUGACUCUGCCCCUUUCAACCCACACUCAUCGAUUCGAGAGUGAGACCAAAUUCACCGGUUUUGUCCGCCGUCCAUCUUGUGCCGUAUGCAAUGGCCGAUUGGCUUUUCGUGUUCCUCAUUGUAUCUAUUGCAACCUGAAAGCUCACAAAAUUUGUGUCCCCUUGGCCUCCAAAAUGCCAUGUCCAGGCCCACAUAGACCCAGUGAUUCAACCGACUCGCACAGUAAGUUUCAGUUCUAUUAA